AUGAUUGCAGCUCUUCAGACAGAAACCACCACCAUGGCCCCGAACGGGAAUGCGAACGGUAACACUGAACAUGAACUGCAAUCUCAACAGCUUCUGGCUGUUGCAAGGACUGUCCUAGAGCAAGCCGUCGAUCUGGUGGACAAUUAUUUGACCUCGGACGACCAGCUCACGGUGCAUUCCAAAUCAUUGCCCGGGUCAACCAUUGGCAAGCAUCUACGACAUGCCCGCGAUCACUUCAUACUCCUUGUCGAGAGCGUUUCUUCAGAAUACGUGUUGAACUACGAUGUCCGAAGCCGCAAUACACCAAUGGAGAGUAGUCUUAGCGAGGCCAGAGUGGCGCUCAUCGAUGCCAUCACUCGGCUGGAGAAGGUAGUCCCCCAGGUGGAUAUUCAUCAACGCAUGGCUUUGAACGCCAUUACACCGUACCCGCAAACACUGGAGACGACCUUCGGUAGGGAGCUCUGGUUUGCUGCACUUCAUUGCAUACAUCACUGGUCAAUGGUUCGAGUCAUUGCUGGAGAACUAGAUAUCACACUGACAGACGACUUCGGGUUUGCCCCAUCCACGUUGGUACAUCAAGGCAAGGAAGCCCCUUUGGGAAAAGCAAAAAUCUAG